AAUCGUAAGGUCCCCACAUCAUCGUCUCGCACUUGUUCGUCUGGACGUCAGCGGUGCAUCUGAUUUUUAUCAUCUUCGGUCAUUCAAGAGGUGUAACAUGAAGUCGAUUUUAUGCCUUUUAUUCUUUGGAAUUGUUGCUGUUACGGCACAGAGGAGAUUGGCUCUGCCUGAUCCGAGAAGCUGCGCAAAUCGUGUUCGUCAUGCCUCGUACAGAGACGCGAGAGGUGUUGCACACUCUUACUUCUUCAGUUGGGAGCAUCAGCCCACUAGGAAUCUAGAGGUUGACUGGUUGGACGCACGUAAUAUCUGUCGUCGUCAUUGUAUGGAUGCUGUGUCAAUGGAGACACCGCAGGAGAACGAAUUCAUAAAGCAGAGAAUUGCUAGAGGUAAUGUGAGGUACAUCUGGACUUCUGGACGAAAGUGCAAUUUCAACGGCUGCGAUAGGCCUGAUCUCUUGCCCCAAAACAUCAAUGGAUGGUUCUGGUCGGGAUCUGGGGCGAAAAUCGGACCGACUACUCAGAGGAACUCUGGGGACUGGAGCAACACUGGAGGAUACGGACAGGCACAGCCGGAUAAUCGUGAAGCUGCACAGGGUAACGACGAAUCUUGUCUCGCCAUCCUUAACAACUUCUACAACGACGGAAUAAAAUGGCACGACGUUGCCUGCCACCACCUGAAGCCCUUCGUCUGCGAGGACAGCGAGGAACUCCUGAACUUCGUUGCAUCGCGAAACCCCGGAAUUCGUCUAUAAGUGAUUUAAGAAUUCAAAUUGGGUGAAACCAUCACACAUCUAGACAGAUAAUAUGAAAAUCAAUCGAGACAGGUCUUCAGUUAUCCCAUGCAUUACUGUAAACUAUUUAUGAUAUUCUAACUUGUAAGUUUCUGUCUUCCUUUCCGGUAUUUUCUGAUGUUCCACGCAUGGUAAUUUUGGUCUUGGUGAUGAGUUUUUUCCUCACGAGGUCGGAAAUAUGAUUCUCGGGUUACUGUUUGAUUCAAUACUCAUGUACAAUUCUAUCAACAAGUUUUAUU